AUGGGGGAUGGGGAAUCAGCGAUCAAGUAUCUCCAAUCGCCUGACCCGGUCUCAAGUCUCAACGCUUUCAACACACAGAUGGUUACACAAGUCGCAUCCAACGCUCUCAACACGCAGCUGGUCACAGUGGAUAGCCAAGCACGGGUUAUCCGUAGUGUCCUCGUUGUAGCCUUGAACUUGAAUCCUUCCUACGCCCGGUGA